UAAUUAUCAGAUGAUCUGGGCGAAACCGAAAGGAAAUAUAGAUCUAUAGUAACUUUCACUCAUUUGAAGAAGUAAGCCUUUGAAUGAAUCUGAUUUCAGCCACGAAUUCCUAAGUUUUUCAGAGGAUUCUCUAUUUCGGAUGGAAACUUGUUGAAAUCAGAGCCGGACGGAUCAGAAUCCAGUGUCACUGUAGUGUUAAGUUACAUUUAUUUGUUCUGAGGCUAGAGAAAGAAGAGUAAACCGAUAAAUGUGAACAAGAAAUAGGCUUAUUCCAAUCAAAUCUAUAAACUGAAGACUUGGACCCUGUUUCUCAAAAGUCCGUACGACUAAACAUAAACACGUUGAGUGAAGAAGAAACGUUAUUUUUGACGUUAUCAAAUCAUUGAGGUAUAAUGUUUACGUUCGUUCGUUAAUCUACGAUAUUUUGAGAAACGGAGUCCAGAAAUAAAGGGAAUUUAUGUAUGUGUAAGAAACAUAAACCUUAGGCUGGCAGGCUGUUGCUUCAACUGUUAUUUUAGUUAUAAGUAACCAAUGUGAUGUUAACUUGAGUGGGGCUGCCAUUUCAGUUUAAUUUCAUAAUUCCACAAACUUUGGUCAUACAUUUGAGUUACAGCAACCGUGUAACUGACAUCUUAACACCCAGACAUUCAACCCUUGUGUUAAGUUCCAGUGUUUUAUUGGAGAGUUAAUUCAAAUAUCAAAAUGAAUGUGAUAUUAGCUGUCAAACAAUAUGUCAGUAAAAUGAUAGAAGAAAGUGGACCUGGUAUGAAAGUUUUAUUGAUGGACAAAGACACUACUACGUAUGUUAGUAUGGUUUAUGCCAAGUCAGAAAUUUUACAGAAAGAAGUCUAUUUGUUUGAAAAUAUAGAUUCUGGAGCUAGUCGCGAAUCCAUGAAACAUCUAAAAUGUAUCACAUUUCUACGUCCAACACAAGAAAAUGUACAAUUAUUAGCCAGCGAAUUAAAGUCUCCAAAAUAUGGACUCUAUUAUAUUUAUUUUAGUAAUGUUAUCAGUAAACAGGAUGUAAAGAUACUGGCUGAGGCAGAUGACCAAGAAGUUGUACGAGAAGUUCAGGAAUUCUAUGGAGAUUACAUAGCUGUAAAUCCUCACCUAUACUCCUUUAAUUUGAUUGGCUGUGCACAGUCUCUAGCCUGGUCUAAGCCUGUUUUAACCAGAACAGCACAAGGCUUAGCAGCUGUGUUAUUAUCACUCAAGAAAUGUCCCUUCAUUAGAUACCAGAACUCUUCAGAGAUGGCUAGAACUCUUGCUGAAAGUGUCAAGCAAAUUAUAAUAAAGGAAGCAGGAUUAUUUGAGUUUAGAAAGACGGAUGUGACGCCUGUGUUGUUGAUAUUAGAUAGAAGAGAUGAUGCUGUUAGUCCACUGUUAAAUCAGUGGACAUAUCAAGCUAUGGUACAUGAACUACUGGGUAUAGAGAAUUCUAAGAUCAAUUUAUCUAAUGUACCCAACAUAUCAAAAGAUUUAAAAGAAGUUUUACUGUCAGCUGAACAUGAUGAAUUCUAUGCUGAGAAUAUGUAUUUAAAUUUUGGAGAAAUGGGCACCAAUAUACAGAAACUGAUGGAUGAGUUUCAGAAAACAUCAAAAAAUCACACCAAAGUUGAAUCAAUACAGGACAUGAAGAAUUUUAUAGAGAAUUAUCCCCAGUUUAAGAAGAUGUCUGGUACUGUAUCAAAACAUGUUACAGUUGUAUCGGAACUGUCUAGACAAGUUGGUUUGUAUUACUUACAAGAUGUAUCAGAAUUAGAACAAGAAAUAGCCUGUCAUAAUGACCACUCGGCACAGCUACAGAGAAUAAAAAGUUUUUUUACCAAUGAUAAAAUUCGACCGAAAGAUUUAUUGAGGUUGGUUAUGUUAUAUGCCCUACGUUAUGAGACACAUACCAAUAACGACCUAGCUGGAUUAGUGGAUUCGUUAAAACGUCGCGGAGUUUCAGAGGAUAAAAGAUCGUUAGUUCAUGCAGUAUUAGAGUAUGGAGGUAAAAGAGCUAGAGGAAGUGAUUUAUUUGGUAAUUCUGACCCAUCAGCCAUUACUAAAAGAAUUAUGAAAGGACUGAAGGGUGUAGAGAAUGUAUACACUCAACAUCAACCAUUGUUAUCCUCUACAUUAGAUCAGUUAAUACGAGGUAAACUGAGGGAGGCUAGUUAUCCUUAUUUAGGUACUAGUCAACUCAAAGAUAGACCACAAGAUAUAAUAGUAUUUAUGAUUGGUGGAUGUACGUUUGAAGAAUCUAAAGCAGUUCAUAUGUUAAACCGAAAUACACCUGGUGUUAAAAUAGUUCUUGGUGGAUCCUCAAUUCAUAAUUCUGAUAGGUAA